AUGGCAGAGGGGAAGCUUCAGACCCUAUCCCCAGGAAAAGAAGGCCCCCCUGGCUGGCCCAACCCCAGUGAUAGAGGGUGGGAUCCACCCAAGGAGGCUGGUGGGACUCAAGUGCCCCUCAAGGGUCCUGCAGCCUGGCCAUGGCUAGAGGCCUUCCUGCAGAAAGAAGGCAGAGAUGACACACUGGAGGUGUUUGGAAUCCAGUCUCGGCCCCCUCCCCUGCCUUCCCCUCCCAACAUCUGCCUUCUCCAGGACCAGGGUAGGGAGCGGGGGAGGGGAGGGAGGAGGGGGAGUGCGGUCCUGGGCGCCUGGGGCUCCGGGCGGGGGCGGCGGGAGCAGCUGCGCAGAGCGAGGCGCCCAGAACCCGAGCGGACUAGCGAUCUCAGCUCCGCAGUACCAGCCUCGGCCCUGUCCUUCCUGGCGUUGCACCCGCAAACCCUGGGCACCCUGAACCCACAGACUCAGGCGUCUGGGCUGCCCAGUCCCGGAGGGCCCGGACAAGCCAUGGACAGCCCCCAGGAGCUGCAUCAGCCCUUGCUUGGGCCACCACCUGAUGGAUCCCCUGUCGUGGAGCCCCCCAGCUCCAAGCCCUCCAGCUCUAAGCCCCCCAGCUCCAAGCCCCCCAGCUCCAAGCCCCCCAGCUCAGCCCCAGGGCCAAAGCAAAAGCGGGCCCACCGCAAAGACAAGGUCGUCAAAGAGAUGCUUCAGCUGCCCACUGUGAGCUUGGGACUGCUGGAGCCCAAGAACCCCGAUUUAGAGGAUUGCUGGUCCAGUGACAGUGACUAUGAGGGAAUGGGGGUCGGCCAGUUCACCCCACUGCUCUCUCGGGAUUAUGUGGGCCUGGCUGUCUUCUCCAUCCUCUGCUGCUUUUGGCCUUUGGGCAUAGCAGCCUUUUCUCUUGCCCAGAAGACUAACAAGGCCUGGGCAGCAGGCGACGUUCGGGCAGCCGGGGCAUCUGCCAGGCGGGCUUUCCUGCUGGCCGUCCUCGCCAUUGGCCUGGGGGUCUGCAUCUACACAGCAGCCCUGGUCACACUGGCCACCUACCUGACCUCUGGGGAUUCCCUCUAGAGGCUCAGAUGCCUGUGGGGCCAGUGGGGUCUUGAGUCAUGACAGCGGCCAGGACCUCAAGGACCCCCCACCCUCCUCCCCACCUACCCCGUUCCCCAU